GUUAGGAAAUUUUUCGGGUCUGCUAAAGAAAAACAAAGUAAUUUUUACGCCCGCUGUUAGUCAUAAAAAAAAAAGGAAAGUUGAACAAAUUGAAGCGUCAGCAACAUGGAAGUCUUCCUCACGAUCCUCUUCUUCACCGCCAUCUGGGCUGCCGUGGGACUGGGCGGACCUAGUCUGGUGUCCAAGGAGCAUCAACAAGAUCUGGUGCGCUGCAUCUUCCUGCUGGCGGCGGUCUGCUGCUGGCUCUUCUGGCUCUGCUGCUAUCUGGCGCAGCUGAAUCCGCUGAUUGGACCGAAGCUAACCCAGGACACUGUGCGACUCAUGGCCAAGGCCUGGAACCAUCCCCUCAAGGAGGGAUGACAACGGGCUAAAACAGUGUUUAUCUCUUGAUGACGUUGGGCCGUCGAUUCCAGAGAAAGAUGAUGCUGUCACUCCACCUCAAACUACGGAACUUAAAUAGAAAUACUAUUACCGAAUUUCGCUAACCUAUUUUUGUACUCUUUACGCACAGCAGUUAAAUAUAGAACUUGUAUGUUGA